AUGGCUUCCAGUAAUGGACAAUAUCAGCUUCGCUGCGAAGACUACCACGUUGCGUGGAUCUGCCCUGUCGCCGACAUUGAGCUGCUGCCCGCGCGGCUGAUGCUGGACGAGGAGCACCCUGCCCCGUCCUACGACACAUACCACGACGAGAACACGUACAUCUGCGGAAGGAUUAACGGCCACGCCGUCGUCGUCGCCACCUUGCCACAGGGCGAGACGGGCAACGUCAACGCCGGGCGCUUGACCGGGUCCAUGUUCAAGACGUUCCCUGACAUCAGGAUGGCGGUGCUCGUCGGCAUCGGAGGCGGGAUUCCUCGUACGCCUACCUCGCGGAGCCCGCUCGACGACGUCCACCUCGGAGACGUCGUGGUGGGAUGGGUCGGCGACGGGAAGCCGGCCUGCGUCUACCACGACCGCGGGAGGGCCAAGGUGGGCGGCGAGUUCGAGAUGGUGGGCACGAUGCAGAACCCGGACUGGCGGCUCUUGAGCGCGCUGAGCAUGCUCACAUCCGACCACAAACUACGCCGGACCAAGUUCCACGAUCAGCUUGCGCGGUUGCGGGACUUUGACGAGUUUGCGCACCCUGGCCUCGAACAGGACCUGCUCUUCCAGGCUGGCCAUCGCCACGCAGGUGGGUGGGGAUCUGACUGCACGGUAUGUAAUCCCGACGAGCUUGUCCUGAGGCCUCUCCGGACCGAAGACGACAAGGACAAGUUCAUCUUCCACCAAGGGCGGAUCGCGACGGGGAACGCAGUCAUCAAGGACGGCGAGCUGCGGGACCGGAUCGGCGCGCGAUGCGGCGGGGCGCUCUGCAUCGAGAUGGAGGCUGCGGGCAUCGAUGCCAACAGACGCUGCCUGGUGAUCCGCGGCAUCUCUGACUAUGCCGACUCGCACAAGAGAAACGUGUGGCAACCGUACGCGGCGGGGAAGGCGGCAGCGUUCGCCAGAGAGUUGCUCUGCAGGAUCCAGCCGGCCACCGUCAAGGGCAUGGAAGGCGUGAACGAAGCGCCGUGGCUUGUUCCUUUCAUCCGCCCACAUUCUUUUGUCGGUCGAGACGCGCAGCUCGCUCAGCUCAGGGCACACGUCUUGUCGGAAGGUGGCCGACGGCUCGCGGUCUAUGGCCUCGGCGGGUGCGGAAAGACGGCGCUCGCUCUCGAGAUGGCGUACCGGACACGAGAGCAGCAACCUAAGCGUGCUGUUUUCUGGGUGCCAGCAGUCAGCCGGGAAAGCUUCGAGCAGGCCUACCGGGAUAUUGGAGGUUGUCUGCGUAUACCAGGCAUCGCGGAAAACAACGCGAACGUCAAGCAGCUUGUCAAGGCGCAACUGAGCGACGAAGGUCGCGGACAGUGGCUGGUGGUGGUGGACAACGCGGACGACGACAGCGUGCUAUUUGGCGGUGCAGACCGGCUGAUUGACUGGCUCCCGCUCAGCCGUAAAGGGUCGAUCGUGUUCACCACGCGGACUCGGACUGCUGCAAUCAAGUUGGCGGAGAGCAACGUCGUAGUGCUGGGCGAGCUGGCAGAGGCAGAAGCAAGAGAGAUGCUGCGGAAGCGUCUGCUUCCAGCCCGCCAACAGCAACUUCAAGACGAGAAAACGGUAACCAAGUUCGUUGACAUGCUUGCCUUCCUCGCUCUCGCCAUCGUCCAGGCCGUAGCUUUCGUCAACACUAACGAUGUCACCCUCUCCGACUACAUCUCGGAUUACCAAAGCAGCGAGGGAGACGCAAUAGCACUUCUCGGCCAAGAGUUCGAAGACCAGGGCCGAUACCGGGAUAGCAAGAAUCCAGUGGCGACGACGUGGUACAUCUCGUUCAAGCAGAUCCAGAAAGAAAAUAAGCUGGCGGCGGAUCAUUUGUCGUUCAUGGCGUGCAUAGCCAACACCAACAUACCGGCGUCGUUGCUUCCUCUAGGCGGUUCUAGGGUGGAGCAGACGAAGGCCGUCGGGACGCUGAAGGCCUAUGCGUUUGUGACCGAGUCAGCAACGGAAACGGGGAAGUCCGAAAAGGUAUUCGACGUGCACCCGCUUGUUCAUCUAGCCAUGCGGGAAUGGCUGAAAAAAUACGGUGAGUGGGUGGUCUGGGCGGAGAAGACCUUAGAGAGACUGGUGGAGAUGGUACCUUUGGGUGAUCUCGUCACGAGAGAAGUGUGGACUAUUUAUCUACCUCACGCUACACACAUCGUGGGCGUACCUGAAGUGUACGACCUAGAGAACAGAAUGUCGCUGCUAGGCCGGAUAGGAAAGUGCGAGUAUACCCUGGGGCGGUACAGAGCAGCGGAGUCAGCUCACCGACAGGCCUUUGAACGAAUGGUGGAGGUGUUGGGCGGGGUCCACCCAGACACGCUGACGAGCAUGAACGAGGUGGCAGCAGCAAUGCUAGCCCAGGGGAAGUAUACGGAGGUGGAGGCGAUCCAUCGGGCGACGCUGGCAGGGCGAGAGAAGGUGCUAGGGAAGGAGCACCUAGGCACGCUGAAGAGCAUGGGCGAAGUGGCAUGGGCACUAGCAGGCCAGGGGAAGUAUGCGGAGGCGGAGACGAUGCAUCGAGCGACGCUGGCCGUGCGAGAGAAGGUGCAAGGGACAGAGCACCCACAUACGCUGACGAGCAUGAACCACCUGGCAGACACACUGAUAAAACAGGGGGAAGUACGUAGAGGCGGAGAAGAUGCUUCGAGCAGCGCUGGCACUAAUGGGGGUGUUAGGGAAGGAGCACCCACUCACGCUGUCGAACGUACAUAA